AUGAUGGUGCCCAGGGCCUUUGCCCAGAACCCGCUGGCGCAGAGGCAACAGCAUAUCGACUUCAAUGAGAAAGAGAAGGACAGGUUAUCGCCCCGAAGGCAGCCUCGAGACACGACUCCUCGACCACCUCCUCCCCGUUCGGCUCUUUCCCAAGGUCUUUCCCAAGAGCCAGCCGAUUCCCCCUACAGACCUUUGUCGGACCCCGUCAAGAUUCCGCCGCGGACGACAGAGAAACGGACUCCCGUCCCGCCUCGACAGCCGGUACCUUCGUCUCUACAACCUUCCAGAUAUCUCUCCCCCUCAACCGCUGGGUCGCAGUCACUGGAAAUACCGAAAAGGAAACACUCGGCCCAAGACAUUCUGACAUCGACCACUAUCCCCGUCCGACGAAAGCCCAAGCAAAGACCCAGUCAGCGCCUGCCGAACUGUGACUAUGUCGCCGAUUUCAGCAAACUCUUGAGGGAUGACGUCCCGCCCAGCAAUGAUGGGAGUCUGUCAGGAAGUUGGACGAACCCACAAUUCGAGGGACUAUUUGGCAAUAUUGACGGCCUCGUCGAGGGGCAGAUGAUCGUGGGGGGCGAAAGUCUGGAUCCUGGGAUCCUAUCACCCAGAUCGCUCUCGACCGAGUCAAUGCCUUCUCUUUCGUCACCGGACGACUUCAGCAGUCUUUCUCCCGCCACUAUCAGGUCUCCUUCCGAUCAUCGAUUGCGGCAGAUGGCCAGUUCCGAGGACUGCAGCAAUGAGCACCCCCUCCUGCCUACGGACGAGGAUGAGCAUUUCAGUGGCACCUCGACGCCCGAACUUACCAUCUCAUCCCCGGUAAGGAUGAGACGGAGGCCAAUCAUCCCUGAUAAAAGACCGAGCUCGUUCAAGUCCAGUCUGACGGCGUCUCUGAAAGCGCUCAAAUCCGCCGCUCAAACCGUGUCCGAUUUAGCCAGCAACCCACCGCCGAUGCAACCAGAUGACUUCUUAACGAGGUCUGUCUUCGAAUUCAGGCCCUCGCUGACCGACGACCGACGUCCUCCCCCAUCAAGUGAGCCUCCUUCGGCGGCGCUAAGAAGGUAUCUGAACCCGCGCACCUUUGUCCCCCCCGACUCUCCCGCCCAACUCCAUUUCUGGGUCGACGAAAAACCCUCCCCGCCUUCGCCGUCCAGUCGAGACGCCCGGUCGAGACUCAAGAUCAAGAAGAAAUAUCGAAAUCAGAGAUCCCUUUCUCCUCCUGUCAACGAGAGUGCCCCAUUUGCGCCCUCCAAGAGUGCCGUCUCUCAACUUCCCCCCGUCGUCCAGCUCGCGACAUGCAUCCCUUCGGCCAUCCGCACCACGAACGCUUCCAGUCCCCCCACCUGGCUCGAACCGGACGGCACACCAAGCAACAAAUUCCGCGCAGCACAGACACUGUGGGCCGAUCCCGAGAACGGCAUCGAAGAAGGUCAGCCGCGACCGCGUGAGCCGCGCGAGAAUCGGGAUUUCUUGCGAGUUUUUGUGUGUGAGAUGAACAUGCGCAAGAGUGGGAAGUUGAGCGAGGAUGCGGUGGGCCACGCCAAGUUGUGGUUGCCGCCCGUUGAUGAGGGGCCGAAGGGCAAAGACAAGGGGACUAAUGAGGUGGAGGGGAACAAGGUUGAAAGAGGAAAGAGAAGGGAGACAGGCGCGAGUGAAAGGUGGACAAGUUGGUCGAUUGAAGAUUUGUAA